CUAUACCCCACCUGCACAAUUAUACCCCGGCCAUGCUACGCAAUACUGGGCACAACGACUAAUUCUUCGGAGACUUCUACUCCCACCACCCGAUGUGGCUGUGACAGAUGACGAGGGUAAUGAGUCGCCUAUGCGCCAACCUCGUCAUCGCAUUUCUUUUCCGGCUAACCAACUGCUCGCUCACCCUGCUGCGCUUCACUUUCUCAUCUUUCCACCAUCUUUUCGGCAUCACACUCAUCUAUACUUCACCUACACAAUUAUACCCCGACCAUGCUGCGCAAUAUCCAGCGCGACAACUAACUCUUCGGAUAUUAUACCCCAACCACCCCAUAUGACUAUGGUAGGCGACGAGGGUAAUUAGUCACCUACGCGCCGACCUCGUCGUCGCCGAUCUGCUCCCCGCCGCAUCCACUUGCUCACUUGGACUCUGUUUUUGCUUCGUACCGUCUUGCAUUCUGCUUUUACUUCCUACCAUCUUGCAUUUUGCUUUCGCUUCCU